AUGGCCGCGUCCGCCGUUGCCGUGAGCUCCCUGAGCGUCUCCCGCAGCGCAUCCGUCGGCGUCGCCUCGACUCUGGGAUCGGAGGUGCUAUCGUCGUCGUCGCUGAAACGCCACGUGGCCUCCAUUCCCGGAGUCCGUAGACGAAACGCGGCUCUCGCGAUUCGUGCUCAGAUCGACGGCGAAGACUGGCCAAGACACGCAGCGCAAUCCGGAGCGAAGCUGCUCGCAGCGGCGGCGAUCGCGGGAUCUCUCGCGCUCGGCGCCGUGGGGCUGCCGCCAGACGCGGCGCAGGCGGCGCUGAACCGCUUCGAGGCGGAGACGCGCGGCGAGUUCGGCAUCGGUUCCGCCGCUCAAUACGGCUCCGCCGACCUAAGGAAGACGGUGCACCGGAACGAGAACUUCCGGCGCGCCAACUUCACGUCGGCGGACAUGCGCGAGGCGGACUUCAGCGGCAGCGUGUUCGCGGGGGGGUACCUCGAGAAGGCCGUCGCUUACCGCACCAACUUCGAGGGAGCGGACUUUACAGAUGCGCUCAUGGAUAGAAUGGUGUUGAAUGAGGCGAACUUGACGGACGCAGUGCUGCUGCGCGUGGUGCUCACUCGCUCCGACCUGGGAGGGGCCAUUGUGGACGGGGCUGACUUCAGUGACGCCAUCCUCGACCUGCCGCAGAAGCAGGCACUGUGCAAGUACGCGAAAGGGGAGAACCCUGUGACAGGCAUGGAUACAAGGAGGAGCCUUGGGUGUGGUAACCGCAGGGGCAAUGCAUACGGCUCUCCAUCGUCCCCUUUAUUGAGCGAUGCACCGAAGAAGUUUCUAUCCAAAGAUGGAUUCUGUGACGAUAGCUCAGGCUUGUGCAAUGCUUCCAUGUAA